GUGUCGCUCCGCCCUAAAUCAGACAGGAAGUGAAUUGAGACAGACUAAGAACAGGCCAGAGUUUUACACACACUUUCAUGAAAUAAACUCAUGAAACAUCAGCUGAACACAUCACCGCACAACACUCACAUCUGACGCGCCGCAGACGGAAGAAACUCCGCGCGUGAGAUGAGAUUAGAUAUGCACGGUACUCUUCUGAACUAGUUUAACCAGCUCUGCACACGAGGAGAAACGUGGUGAUGGAGCAGGAGAGCAUAGUGCAGUACGAGCCAGUGGCGGAGAUCGGCGGCGGCGCUUACGGUACCGUGUACAAGGCUCGUGAUCGAGACAGCGGGCAGUUUGUGGCUCUGAAGAGUGUGAGAGUGCAGACCAAUCAGGACGGCCUUCCUCUGUCCACGGUCCGAGAGGUGGCACUGCUCAAGCGGCUGGAGCAGUUCGACCACCCCAACAUCGUCAGGCUCAUGGACGUGUGCGCCACGCUGAGAACAGACCAGGAGACAAAAGUGACUCUAGUGUUUGAGCACGUGGAUCAGGACCUCAGGACGUACCUGGAGAAAGUGCCGGCGCCCGGACUGCCCAUCCACCAGAUCAGAGACUUGAUGCAGCAGUUGCUAUGUGGUUUGGCGUUCUUGCACUCGAAUCGGGUUCUCCAUCGGGAUCUGAAGCCGGAAAACAUCCUGGUGACCAGCAGAGGGCAGGUGAAACUGGCCGACUUUGGUUUGGCGCGGAUCUACAGCUGCCACAUGGCGCUCACACCAGUGGUUGUGACGUUGUGGUAUCGCUCUCCUGAAGUGCUGCUCCAGACCACAUACGCCACACCUGUGGACAUCUGGAGCACCGGCUGCAUCUUCGCUGAGAUGUUCAGACGCACACCGCUCUUCUGUGGAGAUUCAGAGGUGGACCAGCUGGGGAAGAUUUUUGCGGUGAUCGGCCUGCCGUCUGAAGACGAGUGGCCGACUGAUGUCACUCUGUCCCGUCAGAACUUCAGCCCUCAAAACCCUCAGCCAAUCACAGACUGUGUUCCUGAGAUCAGCGAGAAGGGGGCGAAGCUCUUGCUGGAAAUGCUGACCUUCGACCCGCUGAAGCGAAUCUCUGCGCUGAAUGCUUUGGAGCAUCCGUUCUUUACAGAAUGAGCGUUUCAUUCCCAUCAUUCACUGCAGCCUGGGACCAUCGAGAGUUCUUCUCUGCCUCAUACUUAAGAACUGAAUAGUCAACCAUGCCCGUUUGUGUGUGUAAACGUGUUCGUCUGUGACUCGUCUGUGAGCGGUUUCACUGCCUGUGUGGAGUGUUGUACAUGAUGAGGAGGAUUUGAGUGUCCUAUUCGCCUGUGAUGAUAGACCUGAACUAUUUCUCUUCCUUUACAGGGGAUCAUUAUCAUUAGCAGGUGUAAACUGCCUUCCACUCUUAUCUCUCAUCCAGCAUCUGAUUCCACAGCUGCUCUGUUUGUUUCCACAGAGAAAAUAGAUAAACCAGAUAAACCGGCCCCUGAAGCUCACUGAUCUCAAACCAAGAACUGCUAACAUCAGGGGUCGGGGGUCACGUCCUCACUGCGUAAAGUCUGACGCAAAACCAAACGACCAUAAGCUGUCCACACCAACUUCACCAUUUCUAUUCUUUCCCAUCCAACUGAAAUAAAAUGCUUUCAUUUAUAAA